AUGGCGGCAACGGAAACGAGAGGAACAGUCGUUGGAGUGCAUGAUGAGCGACGACAUCACGAAGGGAAACGAGAAGGGGAGAUGGUGGUACAAAACCCACCGAGUACAGCAGCAGCAGCCAUGCCUCACGGUUUUCCGGCGACCCACUCGAAGAUCUUGUUGUUCACGAUGUCACUAGAGGUAGGGGAUGGUGGUGUUCCAAUGGCACAACUCGAAUCCAUUCAUCCUUCACGGCGGUUUGCGGCGGCCCCGGAGAUAGGCAAUGGCUCACAACGAAAGGUGGUUGGAGUAGCUCCGACAACCGUCAUGAAGCUUCUAUGGAUGGCGGCAGAAGGCAGAAUAAGAAGAAGAAGAAGACCAGAGGGACGAUGGCAGCGACACAUAACGCGGCAAGGCUGCGGUUUACAACCGGCAACGGUCCUGUGGUCGAUGGAGGCCUUUCACUGA